AUAUGAAGUGCUCAGUACAAAAUGGAUCGUUGGAUUGGUAAAGUGGCCGUUGUGACGGGAGCUAGUGCUGGAAUUGGGGCGGAAAUUGUCAAGGAUCUCGCAAAGGCGGGAAUAUGUGUUGUUGGGCUAGCAAGGAGGGCGGAAAGGGUGGAAGCACUAAAGGAUGGGCUUCCUGAGGAAUUUCGCAAAAAUCUCCAUGCAAUGCGGUGCGAUGUGGCGAAUGAGGAAGAAAUUGUUGCAACUUUCGCCAAGAUUGUGGAGAAAUUCGGUGGUGUGGAUAUCCUCGUGAAUAAUGCUGGUAUUGGGAAGUUCGAUGUGAAGCUCACUGAGCGUGGAAGUGCCUCAUCGGUCAAUGAAAUUGUUAAAACAAAUCUCAUGGGGGUGAUCAAUUGCACGCGAGAAGCUGUUGCAUCAAUGCGAGAUCGUGAUGUUGCUGGACAAGUUAUUCACAUCAACAGCCUCUUGGGGCAUAAAGUAACGAUGCCCCCGUCUGGAGUCGACUCCAACUUAAACGUCUACCCAGCUACCAAAUUCGCCAUAAGUGCUCUCACGGAGUCCUAUCAAUUUGAGAUGGUUGCAGAGAAUCGGAAGAUUAAGUUCAGCAGUGUCAGCCCCGGUGUUGUGGCCACAGAAUUUUUCGAUGAAACCACUUUGAAAAAUCUUCAGCAUUUCCCCCAUUUGCUCUCUUCGGAUAUUAGUCAGGCAGUCCUCUAUAUUCUCUCUACACCCUCGCACGUUAAUAUUCAGGAUGUGCUGAUUAAACCUCUGGGAUGUAGAUAUUGAGAAGGAGGAGAAAAUUAUUUGUGAAAAAUAAAAUUCUAACAAAUAAAAGAAAA